AUGGAACAGGUGAGAUCCUCUGCAAGAAGCACUGACAGCAUCCUCGUAAGACCAGAUCAACAUGAUACGCGGCAAAAUACACCACCGUCGGCGGUUGCAGCUGCUCUUCCACUCCGAUUGAAGUCGAUCAAGAAGCCGCGCAAGCUCACACCACUGGAGAAGAAAGAACGCGAUCGACUACGCAUGAAGGAGCAGUCCCAGCGUCGGAAGCAGGCCAUCAAGGAUCAAUAUGACCAGGCAAAACGGUUCGCUGAGGAGAAGAUAUCAAGGUCAAGUUGGCACCAGCAGGAGCGACUCGAGGAAGAGCUUGUGCUUCGACGUUUGGAGCGUGAUGUUGUCGAGCCGCAACGUUGUCAUCCUGCCGCUGCCGGGUAUUAUUUCGAUGACGCAGCACAGAAAUUCACUAUCAGCUCACCAGUUUUUGCGUCGUAUUCGCAUGCGCUGUGUCCCCCAUUUCAAGCUUCACGUUUCCAGUUACAAUCGCGCUUGGGGCUUCAAAGGACUACGAACCUACCGGCUGAAGCAGAGUAUCUCCAUCCAUCAUGCCACGGAUAUGCUAUGGCUAAGCAUGACGACAGUCGCUGUAUCUCACCCGUGUUCUUCUUCGCAGGCUUUGCAAAGAUUCCUCUGGAUAAAAUCGCCCUGAAGCAAGGUGACAUCGAUGACUCUGACCUGGAAGAUCAAGAUGUUGGUAUCAAGCUGUUCGACGAAAUGGAUGGAGGUCUUGAACUCUCGGAAGCGUCAAAGACUCGUCAGCAAGAAACCAAGCGACGCCUUGAAGCUGCCAUAGCUGCACGAGAAUUCUACUCAAAGUCCUUGGGUGUUGCUGUGAAGAACUGUAAGGCUCCGAUGUGUCUCGUAUGCAAGAAAGCCACAGUGACGGCAGGAUGCCCAGGAUGCUUUUCAUUUUCCAGCAAGAAAUUUCUUGAGGUUGAGGCCUCUAAAGUUACGCAACGACUCAAAACGCCAAAGACAUCUUUUCAAGAAGAAGAGGAU